AUGUCGGGCGGCACCAGAGAUCGUAGGCUUAGUGAUGAAUGGGAUGCUGCCAAAGUGCCCCCGAGUCGGUUUCAGAAGCGCAAGGGCUCAAUAUAUGCCACGCCGAGCUCGCGCGAUGGCCACGUCGAUAAGAACAAGGCCGAGAAAUAUUUUGCCAAGAUUGCCGAGAUGACAAAGGGCAGCAGCAAAUAA